CGCGAAGCCGCCAGAGACGCGAUGGCCGCGGCACAGGAGGAGCAAGCGAGGACGUACAAUAAGGGCCGACGCCCUCCUCCUGAGUUCAAGCAAGGCGACCUGGUCCUGGUUAAUCCGCAUUCUAUGGAGUGGGUAGAGUCAAAGGGCAAGGCUAAGCUCACCCAGCGCUGGAUCGGUCCCUUCGAGAUCGUGAUGAAAAUCAACCCGAACGUCUACCGCCUCAAAAUGGACGACACUUACCCGGGAAUGCCGAUUUUCAAUAUCGAGCAU